CUCUUCGAUAAACAAAUGUACAAUUAAAUUUUCAACUUGAAUUUUAAACUUGCUAUGUUUGAAAGUGUUUCGUCUUGGAGAAAAUUUCGCUAAAUCGAUUUGAAGCGAGUUUUUUUUGUUGUUUUUCUUAUUUGGGGCGAGUGAUUUGAAAUGCGAAUUGCGUUCGGGGUGAUUUUCAUAACGGGAAUUUUCGGAGGAUUCUUCGCUGAAAACGUCUUCGCUUUGCCGGUGGCACACCAUCACGUCAUCUCCAAAGACCUAGACAGGACGGCGGUCGACGAGAUGUACAAAUCUUAUAUCUCGAUUUCGAAUGAUCGAGGUGAUGACAACGACGAAGUAAUAUCUCGAGUCCAGCAAGUAUACCUUGACAGUCCCAAAAUCAGCGUGAGCAAAAAUGGUAAGCAGCAAAAAACGAAACAAACUGCUUACUUGCUAGUCAAAUCAAUGAGCCAGAGAAACAAGAGAUACAUCAGUUGUAAAUCUCACGCUCUGCCACUUCAAGAUUUGCAACAUGGGCCGCAAACGAACCUCCCGAUAUUUCCACAUGAUAAGGCAGUUGGACGAUAAUGAAGCGUAAAUUGUCCGUUGUUACAAAUGUGGAUUUUUAUUUAUAUCUCGUCAUCGGCACGUAAAUUGGGCCAGGCACGACCUCUUAUGCCGGAGAGGUCGCUGGUGUCCUGUACCUGGCUCGAUUCCUUCACUGAUUUGGAACCGAAGUACUCAACUCUAUGUUGUUUUUAUUUAUGUAAUUGAAACAGUGUUAACAGUAUUUUAAAUAUAGUUUUAAUUUUAAGCACCA